AUGGAGGAACCACAAGUAGACAUAUUUGGCAUGCCCUGGGCAUGUUGUAGCACAGCUCCACAUUUUUCAGGUGAUGCUACUAAACUCAUUGACUUUUUGGAGUCAGUAGAACGCCUCACACAACCACUCAGCCUAUCAGACAAGGACAUUAUCAAGUAUGCCUUGAAGUAUUCAGCACAAAACGAGAGAGAACUAUUUCAGACAUUUAAAGGUAACAACUUCAAAGACUUUGCUAAUGAAGCAUUGUACUGUUAUCCAGGACAUGGUACUUGCUACUACACACACCCUAAAAUCACGAAAUUCACGCCUAUCGAAGCACCCCUUGAUGCGCUACCUUUGCAUGCCCCUCUGCAACUAAAAUGCGCACCAGCACAGCUACUGAGCAAAGCUAUUUCACCUGUGUGCAAAAUACGUGAAGCUACCCUCACCUCAGCACCCCCAGAACCAUUUUUCAUCGAAAUUGUCUCACCAUCAGCCCAAAUUGUCUCGCCCACUAUCAGCAAACCUCAGGAACACCACCACGUAGUAGAACCUCAAGGAUGUGAAGCUAUAUUGCCCGUGUGCAAAAUACAUGAAGCUAUCCUCACUCCAGCCUGCCUAGAACCAUCUAUCGUCAGAAUCGCGUCACCACCAGUUGAAAUUGAAUCGCCCAUCAUCAGCAUACCUCAGGUACACCCACCCAAAGCAGAAUAUCAAGGAAGCGAAGCUAUUAUGCCCAUGUGCGAAAUACACGAAGCUAUCCUCGCCACAGCCUGCCUAGAACUGUCUAUCAUCAAAACUGUCUCGCCGUCAGUUUAUAUUGAAGCGCCCAUCAUGUAUCAAGAAGAGCUCAAAUGCAAUUUGCCUUUGAGCGUGCCUCAUUGCAUGCAUUAUACGCCAUUAGAGGAGCAUUAUGCGACUCUAAUUUACCACAGUUUGUCUCAGGAAGAUUCGCUUCUUACUGAUGAUUUCGCACUUUUCGCAUUUUCAGAGUAUAUUGAAGACUGCUUGCCAGUUAAGCACCCAUGCAUCACAUCGCCCAAGCACCAUGUCUCAGACAACCCUGAUGCAUCUCUAAUGCACUAUUACAUGCGCGAUCGCGCGAAGGGUUCGCUUGAAGAGACACUGUAUAUUCAGUUUUCGCAUUUUUCGUCUUUUUCGCAUUUUUCACUCACAACAAGCGAUCCACCUGUUGCUGCUACCUUUCCUAAGGAUUGUAAUGCAUCUCAGGACUACCUUGUUGAUGGGGCGCACGCGUUUACCUCGCGCUUGGAAGACUAUGUCUGUUUUUGCAUUUUUCGCAUUUUACCUGCUUCAUUGUGA